CAGCCCGCCUUUCCCUACACCUCAACAACAAUCCACUUCCUUUCCUCCUCCCUCCAACCAUCAUCUUUAUUUGAUCUCUUGUACAUUGCCUGCUCGGUGACUUCCUCGGAAUUCGUUUUUCGUGAUCUCACCCUGGGCUGCGACCUGAGUGCUGUUCCCCUGGUGCUCCCAAACCCCCCGCUCCCAGCCUGCCACUAAGCGACACGGAGAUCCAACCAAGCACCUCCGUCCGAUACCAACACCUGCUCCGGGCAAUCCUCAUACUCGAACCCUCAAUUAUCCACCUCGAAGCUACGGAGGUACAAACAAGUCCCCCUUCGUGGCUAUCCCGAGCGGCCUUCUCCGUUGGCACCCCUCGAUUCACUCUGGCUAGAGUGCGGCGUCUUGCUGCACUGGCACCGAGAAUCCUAGCCGAGUACAUGUGGCUAUCUACAUAGUCGUCAAAAUGAAGGGUUUCAGACAGAGAGUGCAUGAGCAGUUGUCGCGGGCGAAAGACGCCAACAAGUCCUCGAAAAAGAAAGAUUCCAACUCCCAGAACCAGGCAUCGCUCGGCAUUCACCAAACACAGCAAUCUUCAUCCCCCAACCAAGGUACCCCCACCUCGUCCACAACUUCCUUGAACGAUUCGCGAAACAAAUCUCCGGACAAUGCCUCACCCGCCGGAGCCCCUGCUGCGGGCGCGCCUCACCCCGGCACUCCAGUCCAACACCAUUUAGGUCAAGCUGGCGCGGCAGCUCAGCCCGCGAGCAAUGGACCAGGAACCCCCACUAGACAAGGGCAGCCUGUAGCUCCUAGUGUCAUCAUCAGCCCAAGUGCACCGGUAAGCCAAACGUUUUGUGGCCACAUCUACAUCUCUAACAAUUUAAAUUUCACAGCAUGCCCCUCCCCUGGAGCCGCUGAAACGAUGCCCGGAGACCUCGCACCCCCGAGAAAGUCUCACGUCUUUGACCGGCUACAGACCACACCAAAGGACAUUUCGGAAGGAAUUCGGACCCCCAAACGCCAGCAUUCGUCUCGCUUUGAUAUCUCUGAUCAGCGCCAGAGAGAAUUGGAGAAGCUGCCGGGCUUCCACGAAGUGCCUCCUAAUCGCCGACAAGACUUGUUCAUGCAAAAGAUCGACCAGUGCAAUAUCAUCUUCGACUUUAACGACCCCACAGCCGAUAUGAAGUCCAAGGAGAUCAAGAGGCUGGCACUUCAUGAGCUCUUGGAUUAUGUUGCCAAUAACCGGUCGGUCAUUACGGAACCUAUGUACCCCCGCGUGGUCGAGAUGUUUGCCAAGAACUUGUUCCGCCCCAUCCCUCCACCUAUGACGCCCCAGGGCGAAGCAUUUGACCCAGAGGAGGAUGAGCCCGUGUUGGAAGUUGCUUGGCCUCAUAUUCAGGUUGUAUAUGAGUUCUUCUUGAGGUUCAUCGAGAGCCAGGAUUUCAACACCAACAUUGCAAAGGGAUACAUCGACCAUCAGUUUGUGCUUUCUUUGCUUGAUCUGUUUGAUUCCGAAGACCCACGGGAACGUGAUUUCUUGAAGACGACAUUGCAUCGCAUCUAUGGCAAAUUCUUGAACCUGCGGUCGUAUAUCCGACGAUCUAUCAACAACGUCUUCUUCCAGUUCAUGUACGAGACUGAACGACAUAACGGUAUCGCUGAACUGCUUGAAAUUUUGGGUUCGAUUAUCAACGGAUUCGCCUUGCCGCUGAAGGAAGAACACAAGUUGUUCCUGACUCGAGUCCUCCUCCCAAUGCACAAGGUAAAGAGCCUCAGCAUGUACCACCCACAGCUGGCCUAUUGUAUUGUGCAGUUCCUCGAGAAAGACUCCACAUUGACCGAAGAUGUUGUUCUUGGAUUGCUCCGCUUCUGGCCGAAGACAAACAGCACCAAGGAGGUUAUGUAUCUGAAUGAGGUGGAAGAUAUCUUCGAAGUGAUGGAUCCAGGUGAAUUUGCCAAGGUCCAAGAGCCUCUUUUCCAUCAACUGGCCAAGUCUGUUGCCAGCCCUCAUUUCCAGGUGGCUGAACGUGCUUUGUACUUUUGGAACAACGAGUACUUCUGCAACCUCGUGAGUGACAAUGUGGAGACAAUUCUCCCCAUCAUGUUCGCCCCCCUUUACGAGAACUCAAAGGGACAUUGGAACCGAACAAUUCACAGCAUGGUGUACAAUGCCAUGAAGAUGUUCAUGGAGAUUAACCCCCAGCUCUUCGAUGAAUGUUCCCACGAAUAUACCGAGCAUCAGAACAACGCAGAUCAACGCGAGAAGACACGCGCAGAUCGGUGGGACAUGAUAGAGCAACAAGCUAAAGACCGGAAGAAUGGCAUUCCUCCCCCGCCACCCCCUGCCCUAGACGUUCCGGAACCUAUCGAUGAAGUAGAGGCCAUGACCCACGAGAGCCAAAAGCGGUUGAACACUUUGAAAUUACAGGAGGAACCCGAUAGCUCCAAGGAGCGACCCAGUCGGGAGGGCACCCCAAAUUCGGUAAGUUCUGUGCAUCUCUGAUACGUGCUGCUCUGCUGCCCAGAUCCGUGCGUUCCUAUGCGGACUUUAUCCUUUGUGUCUGGCUCUGUUGCCCUCGUAUUUGUCUUUUGCUAAGAGACCGCGUCCGCCCAUGUACAGCCAGCGUGAUUCUAACGUGGAAACGUCCGUUUGCUCCAGACACGACGCCGAGGCUCCAUUCGCAGCAGUGGCCGGAGACGACGGAGCGGUAGCGGCAGCGAGAUUCGCCCGCGACGACGAUCGGUUGGCAGCGGUACCAGUGCCACCAAUGUACAGAUCUUGCAUCGAAGCAACUCUACCAAAUAAUGUCUCGGAGGGGAUGGACUGCUGAUGGACAUGUGAUUUCCGUUGAUUUUCUCCUGCGAUGGCAUAGCGACUAUGGGCAACAAUAUUUUUUGUCUUUUGAUUUCGGCGAUACUCGCCCGGACUGAUGCCCAAAUACCUGUGCCUUUUGCCUUUUUUAUCUUCUUUUUCUUUUGUGUACAUGGACUUUUUUGAUAUUUUCCUUUCCGCGACUGGCUCCUCUCACAUUUCGUGAUCAAGUGAGCGGAUGCUGGGUUGGAGCCAGUCUUAGAACCGUGUUCGGGUAUGGAAAACGGGUGCGAAUGGCGUUUCCAUCCAUCGACCAUGAUGGCGAUGGCUGUCUAUGUGUUGUGUUUUUCUCUUUCUGUUCUCUUCUACUAUUUUAGACCAAUUCUAGGAUCUGACAUUGCCUUGAGGUAUUUCGAUGCCCCAAGUGAGAAGUAAAGCGUUAUUGAGUAGCAAGUCACUGGAGUGAUGAGAGACAAUAUUGAGG